GGCGCCGCGACGCCCGGGAUUUGACUUGUUUUUCGGUUGGGCUCUCGGCGUCCGCGGCUCCGUGCGGCGUGUUUUGAAAGGACAGCAUGAACUUCACCCCUACGCGGUCUCCUGUCUGCAGAAAGCUGUCUGCUGCCUCCAAACAUGAGGCUGCCAGUGGCUUCAGUGGUUCCACCAGGUGGAAGGGCGUGUCCUUCUCUGAUUCAGUGCAAUCUACUCCCUUGCCUUCUGUCCAAGAUCGUCUGGCCGUCCUCUGCCCUUCCCAGGAGCUUCUGGAAUAUUAUCAAAAGAAGAUGUCUGAGUGUGAGGCGGAGAAUGAGGACCUGCUGAAGAAGCUGGAACAGUGCAGAGAGGCCUGUGAAGGGCAGCAUAAACUGGAAUGGGAUUUGCAGCAGAGGGAGGAAGAGAUCGCUGAGCUGCAGAAGGCUCUGAGUGACAUGCAGGUCUGCCUCUUCCAGGAACGGGAGCACGUCUUACGCCUCUACUCGGAGAACGACCGACUGAGAAUCAGGGAGCUCGAGGACAAGAAGAAGAUCCAGAGUCUCCUGGCUCUUGUGGGAACAGACACGGGAGAAGUGACCUAUUUUCAUAAGGAGCCUCCCAACAAAGUCAGCGUCCUCCAGACGGCCCUCCAGGCUGUGGAAGUCUGUGAGCAGAAUGAGCCUUCAGUUCCCAGACCAGAUUCUAAAGGAAGGAGAAGAAAACCAGCAACGAGAGAGAAGGAGGAGAGCGCAGAGCAGCAGCAGAGAGACGUCUCGUCCCUCAUCCUGCAGGUGGAAGCACUGCAGGCCCAGCUGGAGGAGCAGACCAGGCUCUCCCGGGAACAGGUGGCAGGGCUCAUGGAAGACAGACGGAUCCGCAUCGAGGAGAUUCAGGUGCAUCAGCAGAGAAAUCGGGACAAAAUCAAAGAGCUUACCAAAAAUCUCCAUCACACCCAGGAGCUGCUGUAUGAGAGCACCAAAGACUUCUUGCAACUCAGAUUUGAAAACCAAAACAAAGAGAAGGCGUGGAUGUUGGAAAAGGAUCAUCUGGUGUCAAAGAUGAAGCAGUACCAGGUGCAGUGUAAGAAGAAAGAGGACAGAAUGGCCAAAGCUCGGCCUGUUUGUGAGAGUCAUCACAACCAAGAUGACUAUGUUAAGUCCCUGAAGGAUAAGCUGCUGCAGGAGAAGCGGCUGUCCGGCAUGUACCGAGAGCAGUGCGUUUCCCUGGAGGAGGAACUUGCCCGAAUCCGCGAGGAGGAGGGAGCGAGGAGAGAGAUCUUUAAGGACCGCACCAGCAAGAUGGGGAGGCGCCUGCAGGUCAUGACGAAACGCUACGAGGCCUUGGAGAAGCGGCGCGCCUUGGAAGUGGAAGGCUUCAAGACAGACAUCAGGGUUCUCCGGCAGAAACUGAAGGACCUGGAGCAGAUGCUCUAUAAGGCAACACUUAACACCCGGGCCAACCAGGAUCUUGCCAUUCUGUGUGAGGUUCGAGACAGCAGCCGACGGGCACACAAGAUCCAAGGAGAACUGAGGAACCUCAAGUCCAAAGUAUUCGGUCUGGAGAAGGAUCUCAGGCUGUGCUGAUGGGUGUUCAGGAGCAGCCCCGCCUGGAGCAGGGCCACCUCCUCACGGCGGAGGCAGCUCGUCUUCUCCCAGGGGCUGUCGGCCCAGAGCUGCCUCGAGUGCUGGCGUCCGUUGUGAGGAGACAGGGUGAAGGAUCGGGGACCCCUGGAAGAGCUCUUUCUGCGUUCCGGGCUUUAUGAUUUUUGCUGUCCUGUUGACUUUUUCUGUGGGUUUUUUUUUUUUUUUUUUUUUGGAUCUGGAUUAUAACCUGAAUUACAGACUUUCCCACAUUCUCUCUCCCAUGUAUAAUGACAGGGUUUUUUUUUUUUAAUUCUGUUUUUUUAUAAGAAGACAACAGCAGCUUAGGAAGAAAGUAUUUUUGCUGUGAGCAUGGCUGAGUGUCAGUGCGAGGAACCCUUUCCCAGGAGAUAGUGACGCCCACUGAGGUUGCCCUCCUUCUGGGCAGAGGCUGCAAAUCACGGCCUGUCAGCCCGGGAGGCUGUGACUCAGUUAUCCCGCCAGCCUCUCCCGAGCUGCAGGGCCCGAGUUCCCUUCUGGACGCGCAAUCUCGUGAAGUUUCGCCAGAGGGCGCCAGAGACCGUGCUCUUGAGCAGAAUGUUCACCUGGGACGUGACAGUGCCGCUUGGUAAGAGCGAGUGAGACUGACUCUGUCCCUGUGUGAGCAGUUUGGUGUGCAACCAACACCAGGGUCUUUUUAAAAAUAAUGUGUAUAUUUUAAAUAAAGUACGUAAUUGAAAAUAUUC